GGUUCAGCUGGGGUCAUCUUUUUUUUCUUUAUUAUAAAUAGCAACCAAAAUCAUUCAAUCCACAAGAAAAAAAAAGAAGAAGAAGAAGCAAAUAUACUUAGAAAAAAAAAUGGAUUUUCAGAGAGUUCAAGUGAUGCCGUGGGAAUAUGUUUUAUCUUCUGAGUCUUUUAAUAGCUACCAAGAGAAUCAUGUUCGUUGGUCUCAGUCUCCAGAUUCUCACACUUUCUCUGUUGAUCUCCCUGGGUUAAGGAAAGAAGAAAUAAAAGUUGAGAUCGAAGAUUCGAUAUACUUAAUCAUACGAACGGAGGCGACGGCUGGAUCACCGGAUCCGCCGGUGAAGAGUUUUAAGAGAAAAUUCCGGUUACCGGAAUCGAUAGAUAUGAUUGGGAUAUCAGCUGGUUAUGAAGACGGUGUGUUGACUGUGGUUGUACCAAAGAGGAUUACGACUAGGAGAUUCAUUGAUCCUUCUGAUGUUCCUGAAACUCUUCAACUUCUUGCUAGAGCUGCUUAAAAAGAACGCCGUACGUAUUGUGUUCUUCCUUGUACCUCACGAGUUCGAUCUUUGUUUUAAAAUCUCUUACAAAAAAAAAAUAAGAAUGUGUAAUCUUUUUCCUUGGUAACGAUUUGUGUAGUUUGUAUAUUAAUCAAGAUCCGAUGUUUAUGUUUCAAAACGAAUUAAAAACAAUGGUUAUAUAAUAGCUAUCCGAUCUUCUCA